AUGAAGCAGCAAACCUUAGGUGUAGUGAUUGUCAUUGAAAAUGGUCAUGACCUGAUUAAUUCAACAGACCUGAAGGACCAGACCAGCAUAUGGUUUGACAAACCAACAGCAGCACUUGACACAGCAACACUUGACACAGCAGCACUCGACACAGCAACACUUGACACAGCAGCACUUGACACAGCAACACUUGACACAGCAACACUUGACACAGCAGCACUUGACACAGCAACACUUGACACAGCAGCACUUGACACAGCAACACUUGACACAGCAACACUUGACACAGCAACACUUGACACAGCAGCACUUGACACAGCAACACUUGACACAGCAACACUUGACACAGCAGCACUUGACACAGCAGCACUCGACACAGCAGCACUUGACACAGCAGCACUUGACACAGCAGCACUCGACACAGCAACACUUGACACAGCAGCACUUGACACAGCAACACUUGACACAGCAACCCAUGACAACAGUACAACAUAUAACAAACACAAGAAAUUAAAACCUGGGACAAAAAUUCAAUGCGCCACUAAGGGUGAGCAAUAUAAAAGACAAAAGCAAGCUCUGAGAAUGCAAAAAUCCAGAGCAUUGAAGACCAUACAAAAAUGUUCCCAGAAAUUGUGUAAGCAAUCAAUUGAACCAGUCGAAUUUGUGUUCGUAAUGAAGGAAAUAAAAAAAAAUAAGUAUAAGUAUUUUGGUACUGGUUCUUUGCUGAAAAAAUUGGAAAGUGGCAAAGUACUUCUUGAUAUGGAUGGGAAAAGCAAGAAGUUACCUGUAGAUGGGAAAGCAACAACUACUCAAGCCUUGACUCCGGGGAAAUACCCCUUCAGCUUCACAGGAAGUCUGGCGGAAGACCAGAGACAGAAGCUGGAUAAUGUUGAAGUUCAGCCAGCAACUUCAACACCAAUGGCUACAAGCAUGACAAGCAGCAAUGUGACUAAAACUGCUAAACGGAAAAUUGCAGAAGCAUUUCAAAGUUCAGACUGCAGUGAUUCCGAGCCAGAAUCCGAUGUAUAUGACAUACUUCCUGUAAUGAACAGUUCAACAGACAAUAUGGGCGAUGAAAGUACUGAAGACCUGCAGUUUGGUAACAAUAUGGCACCAGGGAGAGGAAGAGCCAAAGGUGGUCACAGCAGAGGUGCUCAAACCAGAGGAGCUCGCAGAGGUGCUCGAACCAAAGGUGGGCGCACCAGAGGUGGUCUUAGUCGGAGGCGUGGUAGGGGAAAGGAAACAAGGACUAAUGUGCCCAAAAUGAACCGAUUGAUGACUGCCACAAAGAUUCUGAAAGAUCUGCAGGAUAGUCUAUGAAGCUGCAGAAAAUGUGGCAUAUGAAGAAGCAGAAGUUGGAUUGGAGAUAGAUGAUGGUAUGAUUGAAGAGGAGUUGGAAAUAGAUGAAGAUGUACCGAGAUUCAGUUCAAUAAUAAGGUUUGUACACAUUAUUUGGACAAAGCAAUUUAUCAUGCACUCAGGAUAACGGUAUGUUGCUUUUAGUAUAUUAAUACAGAACCGUACAUGAAGUACGGAAUUUUGUUAUCUUCCUUUCUGGAAAACACCGUGAAGAAAAAAGUCGAAUUCAUUUGCAGAGAAGCAUUUCUUUUUUAAUUACUAUUUUCUUCACUUAUUAACAGUAUUUCUUUUGCACAAUUGAUACCUGAUUAUAAAUAGUCCAUUUUGGCUCUGUAUACAUGUCAUGUUUAUUGCAAAAAAAGUUUAUAGACGAUGCCAAAAGCAAAACCAAGGUCAAGGAAGACUAGGUCGGAAUUAAGAGAAAAUAAUCAACAAGGUGUCCAGCCCCUGCAUCAGCAGGUCUUGCAGCGUAGGGCAUGUCAGUCACCCCCUGAUGUCCAACCACCUGUACAGCCUCCUGUGAUUGUACAGCAACCUGCUGUCCAGCCUUUUUUUGUUGACAUACAGCAACAUGUUCAACCACCUGUCAGUCAGCCUCUUUGAAUUACGACAUCUCAGGAAUGUGAGGAUUUAAGUAAAUCCACAAGAUGCAUAGUUUAACUUGAACAGUUGAAAGUCUUAGCUAGUAUACAUGUAGAAAAAUGUUCAACACUUGAUUGUACAAAAUCUCCAAAGAUUCCUACUGACUUUGUGGGAUCUGGUUUGUAUUUGAUAUGGGUAUGUCUCUCAUUUUUUUAAUUAAUUUAUUAAUACAUAACUUCAUUGGCCUUUGUUUAAGUGAAUUCUUUAUGAAUUAUUAUUAUCAGAUGGAGAACAUAUGUCAGAUGUUGGAUUAAACC